GACAGCUAUGAAACCUCAGCUAUAGAUCCGACUCUGGCUCUGUGGUAUCUGCACACAGUGAUAAUGAUAGAUUUUCAUUGCAGUAUUACAAAGUCAGUUAUUCCAGUUUAAGAAGAGAACUGAUCUAAAUAUAAUUAUCACUGCUAUAUAGUGCAUUUAUUGUUAAAUAUUUAAUUUAAAGGUCCAUAUUUUCCAGAGGCAGAUGACAUAUUUAGGUGAAUCCCACGAUGGAUGACAAGAUCAAUUCUGUAGGUACAAAUGAAAAAGUAGAUGACAGAAAUGAUGACAAACCAAAGGUCCAUGAUCCACUCCCCACCACCUCAAAGUUGCUCGUCACACUCGAUUCCACCGCAGAUCUAACAGAAUCUUUGACUGAAGUCACUAGUUUUUCAGAGCAGAUCUCCACCGAGGACACUGAAUUAUCUUCAGUGGACAUCUCUGUGAAUGUCUUCCCACAUAAAACAAAACGGCCAUCGAAUACGACAGGAUCUGUGGAGGACCAGCCCAAACCUCACAGCGCCCUGCUGCUCUCCUCCACGGAGGCCAGCACAGUCCAUGAAGUGAGCCAAUCAUCCAAAGCAAAAAACAGGAGCCAAGAAAGCCUUAAAACCACCACUGUUCACACUGACCCAGGAGGAGAUGACCUUUGUGCUGCAGUCCUCAUGGCCUGCCUCUUCUGCCACCCUCUGGACUGCCUACUGUCCACAUUGAGAGGCUUUAACGGGUGUGUCUGGUGGCUGUGCUCGUCCUUUUGUGACUGCGAGCCUCUCCUGGACGUGAUGCACCACUGCGACCUCUGCGAGUGUGUGGGCGUCCGCUGCCUCCAGAGUGACUGCCCGGUGUGCGACUUAUGCCUCCACGCUACAGAGUGCCUGGACCUCGCUAUGGAAAUCUCUCAGAUGCUUUACCACUGACGGCCGCUGUCAGGAAAUGAGCAGAUCCACACACGAACCCAAUGAGAAUAAUUUAUUUGUUAAAAUCUUCCAAAAGCCAAAUUUGCAAGGACAAGACAUGUUUGUUUAUGGUUAA